GGCGUCACAUCCGCCCGCAGUCUGUUUUUUGAUCUUUGAGCGAGAUGUAAAACAGAGAGAGCAAAAAAAAAAGCGUCUUAGCUCGUCUCCAGCAUCGUACGAAGGAUCGCCAUUUCUGGACAUGGAUGGAUUAUGGAAUCAACCUCCCACGCAGCCAACGGCAUGCCCUGUAGCUCGCUCGAGGAUUAAGGCAAUAUAAUUGGAGAUGCACGCUGAGAAAAAGGAGCUGAAAAGAAAGAUCUUGAUGAUAUACGAUGAUGGCGAUGGAUUCGAGUAAGCAAGACAGUUCGUGGCUUCUCCCCUCAGACAAGAAGCCAGACAGAUUAGCGGAACAAUGACUUGCCACCAGCUUUUCCGAGCUGUUGGAGGCCAUUAAAUAAGUCGAUUCCAUUCUCUCUAAUCGAACUCAUAAAGCUAGAUCUCUUUUCCCUCGCCUUACAAAUCCAUGGCUUCUUCUUGCCUUGCUAAGCUUUUCGCAUGUUGCUGUUGCAUGCUCGUCAUGGUUCACGCCGUGGAUGAUGGAGAAGGAGGAGCUGGAAUGGAGACCGGUGAGCUCUUGGCUUUGUUCGAGGUGAUGGGUGCCCUGCUGCAGGACUCCGGCUGGGCUCAGCUCCAUCCCCACCCGUGCACUGACACUCCGUGGCUUGGAGUCCAGUGCGAGAUGGUGCAGGAUCCUUAUCUCCAUGUCACGAAGCUCCACAUCGGGCCGGAUGUUGCCUCGCCGCCGUGCAAGAGCUCAGCACGACUCUCGCCGGCGAUCCUCCGCCUGCCUUACCUCAAGAGCCUCUCUUUGCUCGGCUGCUUCCUCUCCGCUGACGACGAGUCGGUGCCCCUGCCUCCCUCCCUCUUCACCAACGCCUCGUCAUUGGAGCAGCUGGUGAUCAAGUCCAACGCCGGCCUCGCCGGGACCAUCCCUCCCUCCCUGGGCUCCCUCCGCCGCCUCAGGGUCCUCUGCCUCUCGCAGAAUGGCCUCCGUGGAGACAUCCCGAGGGAGCUCGGGUCGCUUGCGAGAUUAGAGCAACUCGACCUCAGCUACAACGAUCUCGCCGGCUCCAUCCCCGCGGAGAUUGGCGGCCUUUCGAGCUUGACCAUCUUGGACCUGAGCUGGAACGGGCUGCGAGGCGAGAUCCCUCCUUCAAUCGGUCAGCUGCGGCGGCUCCAGAAGCUCGACCUGAGCUGCAACAACAUCUCAGGGAGGAUCCCAGCCGAGGCAGGCAGGUUGGAGAGUCUUGUCUUGCUGGAUUUGAGCCGCAACUCCUUGGCAGGGCCUCUGCCGGAUGGAUUAUCAGGUUUGAGGCAAGUCCAGUACUUCCUCGCCGAGAGCAACCCGAUCGGCACAGCCAUCCCUCGUUUUCUUGGGGCAAUCAAGAGCUUGAUGGUGCUCGACCUCUCAGGCUGCGGGCUCUCAGGCCCCGUGCCGCCAUUUCUUGCUGCUCUCGGCAACCUCACGACCCUGUCCUUGGACAGGAACAGGCUCAGUGGCAAAAUUCCUUGUUCGUUAGAGACAAUUCCCAACCUCGAUCAACUCAACCUCAGUCAAAACCUCCUCACCGGGGAGCUUGCUUUCUCCGACCAGUUCGUGAGCAGGCUCGGGGGGAGACUGGAUGUGAGGGACAACCUAGGGCUGUGCAUGGACCCACCCAGCCACCGGAACCCUCUUCUCCCAUUCUACUCGCAAGCUCCGCCAUGUCUGACCACUGCCAGCUCCAUCAGCAACAGUGGCCCAGAGACAAACAACGAGACAAUGAAGUCGAUUUCCAACACUUUGAGAUUGAAUCAUGCCACACUCAUUGCCCGCUUGGUUGUGGUCGUGAUCAUAGCAGUAGCUUCAGGUGUUUAAUCCGUGGACUACGUUGUUCAGCAGCGACAUUGAUGGUGGUGGUGGUGGUGGCGCAGAGGAGGGCAGAACUGGAAGAAGGUCAAAGAAUCCAGAGGCAAUCAAGUGGUCAAUUCAAUAAACUACUACUGGACUAACCUUGAAAGAGUGUUCAAUAUCAAAUAGUAUAAUCUAAAGAACCCGCUCAGGAUUUACAUUCAAAACUUCCUGAGGUAAGUUUCUAAACUUCAUGAUAUUAUCAAGGAAUUGAGAAAGAUUUCUCCAAAAAGUCAUACAAAAAGAAUAUCUUCACCUCAAUUUGGAGGAGCUAAGAUCAAUUAUCAAAAUGCAUUGUAUCGUUUGAAGAUGUUUUAAGCUGUUACAAUUGUCGCAGUUUCACCUAAGAUUUAGGUUCAGUUUAAACAACUUACAAUGCAACAAUUUGUUUACCUAGAAGCUCAAGAUGAGAGUGGUACUCCCUCCCUCUCUUCGACAGGAAGGAGAACCCGAUUCUUUAUGCCUUCUUUGUGUUCGUGUCAAGCAAACAGCAAAUUCUCCUGCUUUCUUUGUGCUCAUGGGUCAAGCAAACAGCAAAAUCACUUUUUUUUCGUAGUUCUUCGCCUCCAGUUUGUGCCAUUCCACUGAAGGAAACACAGCCUCUGGGACACAUGCCCAUUCUUUUGUUUUUUGGCAUUAGAGCAAUCAUCUCGCAAUAUCGUUCCGGACAUCAUGUCUUGUUUGACACUUUCUGACCCGCCGUGAAAAGAAUGGUAGGCACCCUACUUUGUCACAAUUAAUUAGAUUCAGCAUAAAAAAAAAGAGGGAAAAAAAAUCUAUUUUACACACAAAGCAGACCAGUACAAGAAUUUGUUCGCAAUGGUGUUCCUCAGGAAUGGACCAAAAUUUGGACGUAAAUCCAAGACAUAAAAGUGCCAAGGCAAGUUAGCAACGAUCUGAUUUCCAGCAAUGCUCAAGGCAUCACAAAAAUCUUGCCUCUUGCCCUUUCACCACCUGCACAAGAGAGCAAAAACAAGACCUGCUCAGACCAAGCCAUUCAGCUGCAUCUUGGUGUUUCUAUGCUAUUUUUUCCGCAUCUUGUCUUUUCUAACCCUUAUUAUUCGGCGG